AUGACUGAGGCUAAUAGUGGAGGGAAACCUAAGUUAGUUAUAGAUCGUGAAAAGACAGUCCCAUUUCUAUUACGAAUGUUUUAUCGGAUCGAUGAUUUUACACCUGAACAUUUGCCUACCGAGGAUGAAGUGCAGAUAUAUACUUGGAAGGAUGCCACGUUAAAGGAAAUUUCUAAUUUAAUUAAAGAAGUAGUUCAAGAUGCUAAUAGACCAAAUGCAAGAUUAUCAUUUAAAUUAGUGUAUAUUGAUAAUUUACGUGGUAAAUAUGCAUUUAAAGAAUUAGGUACAAUUCACAAUGUAACUUCAUCGACAACAUCAGAACAAGAUGGAGUAAAUCUUGAUGAUGCGAGAUUUGUUAUUGGGGAUUUUAUAGAUGUAGCAAUAUUUUUUGGACCACCACCAAGAACUGUUGAAAGAAGGGGGAGUGUUCUAAGAGACAGAAAUAGAGAGAGAGAAAGAGAAAGAGGCGGAAGAAAUUAUCGUGGUAUUGGUGCUGGCAAUGAUAGAGAUAGAGAUCGAGAUAGGGAAAGAGAUAGGGAAAGAGAUCGAGAAAGGGAUAGAAAUGGUAUGAGAAUGGAUAGGGACAGAAGAGAUGAUCGAAGAGAUAAUAGAAACUUUAGAGAUAGAAGACGUUAA